UAUCACGUGAUGUGUUGACGUGGUUGACACGAAUGUGUGUUAGUCAAUAUCACAUUGGUUAGGGCGCAGUUUGAAAGACACCUCCAUGCAAAGCCAACUGAGUUUGUCCCUCCGUAUGAGUUUACGUUAACAGUCAGCGCUUCUCCUGGCAUGUUGUAAAAUGUAAACCCCUAGGUUCUAGAUGUCAUGAAUCUUUGUGAUUAUUGUGGAGAUGAAAUAUUUCAACAUCAACGUGUAAUUGUGUAUCACAAGGAUGUAGACGUUCGUUAUGUGACACAGCAGGAUUGUAUACCAGUGGACUUUGAAUGUGUCACUGUUACUGUAUGUGGCGAAGGAGACAACAUAAAAUAUCUCAAGAAGGGGAGCUUAUUACCUGAAGGUUUUCAACGUGUAUCUGUUUCUGUCAGAGAUUGGGACGUAAACUAUGCUUGGAAACAGGACUUGAGACCAAAAGGUUUUGAACAGGUUUCUGUGUACUCCAGGAAUGGAGCAAUAAAGUAUGCAAGAAAAGGGGACAUCCCACCAACAGGGUUUUAUCAUGUUUCUGUCUAUGCAAAGAAUGAGGAAAUAAAGUAUGAGAGAGAAGGUCGUCACAUCCCAGUAGGUUAUGAAGAAGUGGCCGUCUAUGUCAAAACCGAAGACAUACUAUAUACAAGGCAAGGAGAGACGGUACCGACAGGGUCUGAACACGCAGACGUUUAUGUGAAAGACAAAGACAUAACACAAGUAAAGUGUCUACAAGUAAAAGAAGCAUUUCAUACAGAGUGUCUGGAAAAACAUAUUCCAAGGCGUGAUGAGGCAGUUCGUAAGUUUCUGAAAAAUGUCUCUCCAAAAUGCAAUGUCCUGUCUACCGGGCUUCAUGUCAAGUACCUAUUUGGGGUAGGGAAAGAAAAACAAGAUAAACCAAGAAAGAAAAAGGAGAAGAGAGAUUGUAAAGCAGCGGAGUUACUGAGAAAAGUAUCAGCUCUGCGCAACUCCAACUCUGGAUAUAUACUGGUUCAUUUUGUUGGCCUGGCGCCUGGAGAUUCCUUCACUGGCGCAUUUGAUGAGUUUGCUGACCCAAAACUUCAUGAUUUGAUUCAAGAUGGGAAACAAUUCUGUGAUGUUUACAGAAAAGAGACACUAAAAAGUCAUUGUGCUUGUAAGGAUUUUGGCGACUUCCUUGUUCUCUAUGUAGGAGCUGCUUCUACUGUGACAACUUCUAGAUUCAAUACCAAGACAACAUUUGAUGACUGCAUUAUUGACAUUCCUGCAGCAACGCUCAAGACCUUUGUUAGAGAAAGGAAAGCCUUCAAAGAAACAUUCCAUACAAUUCCUGGUGUGACUCAUGCAGAUGAUCUUCUGAAUGUUCGUGAAAACAGAUCACUUCAAUUGAAAAGUAACUUUGAACAAAAGGAAGGGGAUCAAGCAUUGGCAGAGUAUAUUAUCAAGAAUCUCAAACUUGCAGAAUACAUAAGCGCAUUUACUAAAACUGAAUGUGGUGGUUCUUAUCUCUAUGGUGUCCAUGAGGAAAAUUGUUUUCUGGAGGGAUAUGGUUAUGAGACUAAAGUAAUCCGCAUCCAGCCUGUUGUUCUGAGGGACAGAACUGCAUUCAAGGACACGUUAGAGGAUAACAUUGGGAAUUUGGUUCUCGUCUGUGACUAUGACGGAAACGAGGUCUCUCCAGAUCCGAAUAUAUUUCAAGUUCAAUUCAUUCCUAGCACAGCAGCAAAGAAAGAAUGUGAUCCAAGAGUCAACUGUGAAUCUGGAAAUCACGGACAUGGUGAUGUAGAUCCAGUAGUUGUUCAUGUUUCAGCCAGACCAGUGAGCGGGAUAGUGUUCUAUGACAAACAAGGACCACUUGCAUAUCGAUAUGACAAACAAUUCAAAUUGAUCACACGGAUAAAUAUCAAGGAUUGGGUACGUGCUCUUACAAGACGAAGGGAAACACCAGAGUGAACUGAUAUAAUACACAAAAAGACG